AUGUCAAAUCCACAAGACAGUUGGUCAAACCAACAACGUCAGAUGGGACAACAGUUCAAUCGUCAACAUCCACCAGUAUUACCUCCACCAGCAACAUUAGAACAAGGUAUGUUCAAUCAAAUUCCUAUAAGAAAAAAGAGUCAUUUACUAACAACUUAUAAAGGAGGACAACAAUUUUAUCCAUUACCAAGUUUGCCAAGUUUAGGAAAUGGGAGUAGCCAUCCACAACAUGGUUUUACUAUUCCAUCAAUUAAUCCAGUCAACGAUUUAGGACAAAACUCGGAACAACCUCAUCCAAGACAAACACCAGAUAUAAGAAGACCUUCAGCAGUAACUUUUGGAAAUGUUGCAAAUCAACCAUUACCACCUUCAUCUACUUUAACAGGUUUGAAUUCAGAGCCUCAAAUUAUAAACAAUGAAUAUGCACAAAAUCAAUUACAACAUCAACAACCACCAUCUCAACAUCAACCAUCAUCUUCUCAACAGCACCAACAACCACAACAAAGUCAACAACAAGGUCAAUCUCAGUCUUUGCCUCAACAACAAGUUCCACCUCAUCAAUCUCCACCACAAACUCAACAACUUCCACCUCAAAUUCCACAUGGAACUACUACAACAUCAAUUGGAGGUAUUCCAAAUAGAUCAGGCACUAGUAAUAUUUACAGACCGUUAAAUGUGAAGGAUGCAUUAUCUUAUCUUGAUCAAGUUAAAAUACAAUUUUAUAAUCAAUCAGAUGUAUACAACAAUUUUCUUGACAUUAUGAAAGAUUUUAAAUCUCAAAGUAUAGACACUCCUGGAGUUAUUGAUAGAGUGUCUACUUUAUUUAAAGGUCAUCCUAAUUUAAUACAAGGUUUUAAUACGUUUCUACCACCAGGUUAUAAGAUUGAAUGCUCAUUAGAUCCAUCAGAUCCAAAUCCUAUUAGAGUUACAACUCCUACUGGAACUACAACAAGACCCAAUAUAGCUGGAACUACUUAUAAUCAAAGUUGGGGUAAUGAAGAGUCCGCCGCAGUUGAAACAGCUGCCAAUCAACAACAACAACAGCAGCAGCAGCAACAACAAAUUGACUUAUCAGGUGCACAAACUAAUGGUGGUGGACAAAUAGAUUUUAAUCAUGCUAUAUCUUAUGUGAAUAAAAUUAAAACUAGAUUUGCGAAUCAACCAGAUAUAUAUAAGCAAUUCCUUGAAAUCUUACAGACAUAUCAACGAGAACAAAAGCCAAUUGCAGAAGUUUAUGAACAAGUCACUCAAUUAUUUGCAAAUUGUCCAGAUCUUUUAGAUGAUUUUAAACAAUUUUUACCAGAUACUAGUAAUCAAAGUUAUCCAGAAACUCAACAGCCACAACAACUUCAACCACCUUUACAUCAACAACAUCAACAAUCAUCUCAACCACCUCAAUCUCAGAUACAACAAUCUCAAUAUAUGGGUAAUGGCACUCAACUACCACCUGUUGGAAAUUUUCAACCUAUUGGUCCUAGUCCGACACAAUCUCCAUAUGCUCCACAAAUUCAACCUUCAAAUCAAGUCUCAAGUUUUAGUCCUGAACGUAAAUAUGAUUCCGUUGAACAAUCAAAUAAGAAAAAAUCUUUAGUUGAAGAAAAUUACAAUCAAGACGCUCAAUUUUCAAGCGUUCGUUCUGGAGUCAGUUCAGCAAAAUCAACUAAAACUCAAGGACGUCCACCUGCAACAAGUGCAACAACUACUAUAACACAGACAGCACCAAUAAAUGCAACUUUAGUACCUGGUAUUCCAGAACCGAUCCCACCUCCAGGUACAGCAAAAUCUUCUUCACUAAUUGAAGAAAUUAGCUUUUUCGAUAAAAUUAAGAAGGCUUUGGGUAACAAGCAAACAUACAGUGAAUUUUUGAAACUUCUUAAUUUAUUCACUCAAGAUAUUAUUGAUAAAGACACUUUAGUAGAACGUGUUGAUAGCUUUUUAGGUGAUGCAAAUGCCGACUUAUUUGAUUGGUUUAAAUUAUUUGUUGGUUACGAGAAAAAACCUCAAAAUUUAGAAAAUAUUACUUUCAAAAAGCAUGCUUUAGAGCUUUCAUUAUGUAAAGCAUAUGGACCAUCAUAUAGACAAUUACCUAAGGCUGAAACUUUUAUGCCUUGUUCUGGAAGAGAUGAAAUGUGUUGGGAAGUUUUGAAUGAUGAAUGGGUAGGUCAUCCAACUUGGGCUUCAGAAGAUUCUGGUUUUAUUGCACACCGUAAAAAUCAAUACGAAGAAAUAUUAUUUAAAAUUGAAGAAGAAAGAUUGGAGUUUGAUUAUUAUAUGGAAUCUAAUUUAAGGACAAUUCAAAUAUUAGAAACUAUUGCAAAUAGAAUAGCGAAUAUGACACCAGAACAAAAAGCUAAUUUCAAACUUCCGCCUGGAUUGGGUCAUAACUCAACAACGAUAUAUAAAAAAGUUAUAAGAAAAAUUUAUGAUAAAGAUCGUGGUUUUGAGGUUAUUGAUGCCUUACAUGAUAAUCCUGCUAUUGCUGUCCCAAUUGUAUUGAAAAGGUUAAAACAAAAGGAUGAAGAAUGGAAACGUGCUCAAAGAGAAUGGAAUAAAGUUUGGAGGGAAAUGGAACAAAAAGUUUUUUAUAAAUCAUUGGAUCAUUUAGGUUUAACUUUCAAACAAGCUGAUAAAAAACUAUUAACUGCUAAACAAUUAGUUAGUGAAAUAAGUACAAUUAAAAUUGAACAACAAAAUAAAAGACUUCAUCCAUUAACACCAAAGCCACAAGAACAAUUAAAUUAUCAAUUUGAUGACGAAGAUAUACUAUUUGAUAUAUUUAAAUUAGCAAGUGUUUUCAUAAACAAAUCUUCAACUUACUCAACUUAUGAUAGGAAAAAAUUGAUACAAUUUUUCAAAUUUUUUAUAUCUUUGUUUUUUGGUAUACCAAAUGAAAAAUUUGAUAAAGCAUUAGAAGCUAGAGGUGAGGUCGAAGAAGAAAAUGAAGAGGAAGAAGCUAAUGGUAGAUCAACUCCUAUUGCCAGUGGCGCUGACUCAUCGAAAAAAAGAGCUAGGGAAACAGAUUUAUUGAAAGAUGUUUUGAAAAAAGUAUCGAAAUCAAAGAAAGAUGAACGUGGAGAAUCACCUGGUCCUCAAUCGUCAGAAAAUGCAGCACAAGAAGCAGAUGAAGAAUUACAAAGAUCAAGUGAAUUGUGGGUUAAAUCAACAAAUAUCAAUUCAGAACCUGAAACUAAUGACAUUGAGAAAAGACGUGACAAAUAUAAUUUUUUCUGUAACACUUCAAUUUAUGUAUUUUUUCGUCAUUUGACGACUUUAUAUGAUAGAUUAAAUGAAAUCAAAAAAAUGAAUGAUAAAGUUGGUAAGGAAAUUAAAAACAGGAAGUAUCCACAAUUUGCUAAAGAUUUGAAUUUACUUUCUCAUCAACUAGAAGACAUGGGUAUUGACAUCAAUGGAUCUGAAGAUUGUUACGAUCAAGUAAUUAAAUUAGCAGGUAGAUUAAUUGAAGGUGAAAUAGAACAUCAAUGGUUUGAGGAGAGUUUACGUCAAGGUUAUAAGAAUAAAGCUUACAAAAUAUAUACUGUUGAUAAAGUUGUUCAAGCUUUAGUAAAACAUAUGCAUUCGAUGAUAACAGAUGUUAAGACUUCUGAAAUUGUUGUUUUAUUUGAAAAUGAUAGAACUAAACCAAUUUCAUCAACAAAAGAACAAAUAUUGUAUCGUGUAGCAGUUAGAACUUUGAUGUCAUCUGAUGAAAAUAUGUUCAAAAUAGCCUACAAUGACAGAUCUCAUAAAGUGAAUAUUCAAUAUAUAAGUUUGGACGAUCUUACACUUAGUGAUCAACACACUAACGAAGAACAAUACAAUUAUUACGUCACAAGUUAUGUAAUGUCACAUCCAACAGAAGGUGUACCAGCAUCGAAAUUGAAUAUGCCAUUUUCAAAAGCAUUUUUGGAACAAGUAGAUGAAGAUUCUGUUGAUGGAAGAGUGCAUUCAGAAUUGAAAGUUUCAGUAUGUGAAAAUUCAUAUAAAUUAUUUUUUGAAAGUGGGUCUCAUGAAGAAUUUUUCUCAAAUGUGGUUUACAAGAAACGUAAUGAAGAUAAUAUUGAUACUGAGGACAAAAUUAAAUCAUUAAAGGAUUUGAUAAAUGGUGAAAAUGGUUGGAAAUCGACAUUAGAUACUGAAGAUGAAACAGAGAAAGAAGAGGGAGAUGCUGCAAAAGAGCAAACCAAGGAAUCACAAGUAGCCAAAGCAGAAGAGGCUAUCAAAGUAUUGUUUGAAGAAGGAGGUGAAGCGUAUCAGAAAUUUUUAAAGGAGGAAGAGGAAAAAAAACCAGAGGAAGAAUCCAAUGGGAUGGAAAUAGAUGAGAAGGUUGCUGAAAAUCAAGAAGAUGUAACAGCAAAUGAUACAACUAUAUAA